AUGCAUUUCAAUGAUGAAACAGGAAAUUCAUUCAUGAAUUGGGCAUACCUCCAAAGUGGCUGCUUAGCCAGAAAUGGGAUAGCUAGUUUUUCCUACUUCUGUUUUAUUAUCCUCAAUGAGAAUGACCAAAUAUGAUUAGAGAGGAACUUAGAGAAAAUCUGGCUCCUACACUCCCCGCAUCCUGCCAACCUGCCACCCAUUUUAAUAUUAGAAGAGACUGGGGCACAGAGAAGUUACAUAAUUACUGGAGAUUACAUCAGGAGUCUAUGGCAAAAAGCUAGAUUCUCGCUCCCGGCCGCUCCCGGAGUCCUCGCGUCCCUCCCCGCUUCUCUCCCCUGCCGCCACUCUGGUCCCCGCGCCCGGCAUCUGAGCGGCCACCAGUGGCCCUCAGGCCCAAGGCCUGGGCUGCUUCACUUCCAAGUCGUCCUGUCCACGUCCAUGUAA